UUUAGAAUCAGUUUUGGAAGGAAUUCUAUCCCGACAAGAGCUCAUGUCAUUCGGGGGAAAUUGGGCCGUGUUUUAGAUUCGGAGUAUGUCUGCUGGGAAGACAGAAUCAAGGGCGGAUUCUGGAUCAACGCGGUCGGCUCUGAGUCCGCAAGCAAAAAAGAAGGAGCGACCACCCUUCAAGUUGUGUUUCGUGAAGCAACAGGAGAGCGGUCGAUCAAAUGUCUCUAUUUGCAAGACAACCGCCAACGUAUUAACUCCGAAAUUUUACUCUCGCGAUGCGGAGCCAUGCGAUUCUCCUGAAAUCAGUCAAACAGUGGCCAAAAUCACCGAGGAAGAGCAAAGAGUCCCCAAGACGGUCCACCGUUGGCCCCUUCUUACCAGCCAUACGUAUGGCUGGUGGCACGAUAGGGGAAUCCAACCGACAGACCCACGCUUCAACUUUCAUAAGAAGACAUCAGACAUGGUCAGCUACCAAAUGAGGAUCUACGCCGUAGACAGGAAGUUGAAGGGUCUCGGUUAUUAACCUACGCGAAAGAGUCGGAGCCCCUAUUGUGGGAAAACCUAACAUUGUAUAAUAUGAUAGUGCAGUUAGAUUUCUAAAAAAGUCUGCAUACUGUAAAAUUUCAAUUUUCCCGUACUGACAAGUAUGCUUAUAGUUUGCACGACAAAAAUUACAUACCUAGAACUGCAAAUAGAUCGGUCGUAGUGUUUUCACGUAAUAUCUGAUUUUCGGCGAGGCUAAUCCUCAACUCAACGUUAAUUGCGUCUUGAUUAUUAAGUCAAUUGGUAUCCUUUGACUGGACGUAAGCUACGUUCUAACCGAGGGUACGAUCAUUUACUUUGGAAUAGAUUUUAUUUAUACGCAUAUUGGCCACAGGCGCGAUUAAAUUUGUUGAAUGUGUACAAAGUGCGAUACGUAGUCCAGAAUUUAUCUGAUAACGUAUGCUUCGUCUCCAAUGUUUGAGAAAAACUUCAAUUCUAUAGUGGAUGGAAGUUAUAAUAUAUCUUGCGAGUAGUUUAUUAGACUGUCUUCAUUACAGUAUUACAUAAUACGAAUGUCACGAAUAUCUUGUACAUUAGUUUUUAUUUUUGUUGAUUAUAUACUUAUUUUAGAAACGAAUAAAAAUAGUAGUAUA